AUGGCAAAACAGGAAUUAUUGAUAACGAUACGGGACCGUUACCGCGAGUCAUCCAAAAAGGACAAGGGCCGAAUCCUCGAUGCAUUCAUCGCCGUAACCGGCCACCACCGCAAGCACGGUAUCCGGCUGUUGGGACAGUCCGGCGACGCUGGGGAGAAACCGUCAAUGAUCAAGGGCCGGCGCAUCUAUGAUGAAGCGGUGAGAGAGGCGGUGAUCACUAUCUGGGAGGCCGCCGACCGCAUCUGCGGGCAGCGCCUGAAGGCGGCGUUGCCUCAUAUGGUGGGGUCCAUGGAACGCCAUGACCAUCUGGAUCUGGACCCAGGGGUGCGAGAUCGGUUGCUGUCCGCCAGCGCCGCCACAUUGGAUCGGCUGCUGAAACCCAUCCGUCCCACCGCGGGAUUGGAAGCCAUCGGUCAGCAGUUGCCAUUCCCUGUCCUCGGUAUCGACUCUGACAACGACAGCGUGUUCAUCAACGAAACGCUGAUCACAUACUGCGCCAACCGCGGCAUCGAGUUCACCCGGUCCCGACCUUACCGCAGCAACGACCAGACCUGGAUUGAGCAGAAGAACGGUUCCGAGGUACGACGCUUCGUCGGCCAUGACCGGUAUUCGGGACAGGUGGCUGGCCUAAUCGCCCUGUAA